AACGAACAUAAGACCCUGUGCCCUUGAGGCUGGACGCAUUCCGGAGGGUCGAAGCCUGUGCAGUUCCCUGCACUAUCGUCGUUUUAAUAAUGAAAAUUUUGACAUUCAGCAUCUUUUGUAUAUGUAAACAAUCGGUUUAUAUUUGAAGAUUCCAUUAGGAAACGAAAACAUCAAGUAGGCCGCUUGGGCUUGUUUUUUUUUGGAAACACAACUGAAGAGGAUGGUGAGAUGCUUUGUGUUGGGCUGUCCCUCGAUUCACCCCAGAGAUCCAGUUAGGUUCUUCCGCUUCCCACACCAAGACAGUCCACAGUUCAAGAAGUGGUUGCUGGCAACUGGCAACCAGGAACUGCUCAAGUGGGACAAACUGAAAAUAAAGAACUGGUGCCGGAUAUGCUCACUGCACUUCACACCGAACUACAUGUUCAGGAACUUCUUCACCAAAGCUGAUAUGCCAAUACCAACAGAGAAUCUUCCAAGUAUGCCUGAUCCCAAGAAGAAGAGGAGGGAAGAGACUGAUGCCAUGCCUCCACCACCUCUUGUGUUACCAUCUACUUCGACACAAGUAGAAUCACACAUUCCAGUAAACAUUGUGACUAACACACCAUCAACAGACACAUCUGCAACAGCACAAACUGUACAAGUCCAAAACAAUAAUCUUAAGAGGAAAUUGAUUUUAGUUCCUAACAAUGUUAAGAUAAAGUCCAUAACUCAGGCAAAUGGAACUAUAAUUGCCAAGCAAUUAAUAUUGCCGAGGACGAUGAGUUCGGAAUCUAAAGAGCAAUUGAUGGGAACACAAAUCGUAGGAAACAUAUUAGUACCAACUGUCUCGAAUUUCAAUAAUAACAUAGUGAGUGGUCUGCCCUUAACUGGAAGUCAAACAAGUUACAUAUUAAACAGUAAUAUGAAGUUCCAUCCUCUCAGUAUGCCCGCGACCAGCGCUCAAAUCAAAGAGCUGCCCAAUGAUCAACCCAAGGGUAAAAUUGUAAAAAACACUCAGACCGUCACCUCGGGUAAAAGUCCUGUAGCGUUCGAACAGAGGGAAAUUAACAAAUUGAAAGAUCAUCUAGCAGCAUCGGAGAAGAGCAAGGUUAAGGCCAUUGCCGAAAUGGUCAUUAGCCAGAAGAAAAUGAAGUUCGUGGAGAGGAAGAGGAAGAUUUUACGGUAUCGACUGAGGAUUGCUCAACGGGAACUGAAGCGAUUGGAAAAUUUAAGUCCGUCUGUAAGGGAAUUCCUGGAUAUUCAAUUAAGGAGCGUCCGGAAGAAAGAGAAGAAAGGUGUGCUGUUCUCGGACAAGGAUAAGAUGCUUGCGCUGAGCAUGUUCAGAUGCAACAGGAAGUGCUACAAGAUUUUGAGGGAACUCUUCGCGUUACCAUCACGUUCUUCCUUGAAACAAUUCUUGGACUUGAUCUCUAUAUCACCGGGAAUCAACGCUAACGUGUUGUUCAGUUUGAAGUCUAAGAUCAAAAGCAUGGACGAGAAGGAACGCACGUGUUUGCUCAUGUACGAUGAGAUUCCUUUAACGCCACACUUGGAUUACUCUCUGAAAAGCGAUAUUGUACUUGGUUUCGAAGAUGAUGGUUUGCACAGGAGUCAGGAGGUUGCCGACGUUGUACAAGUGUACAUGAUGUGCGGUAUCUUCAGAAAAUGGAAGAUUCCGAUCGCCUAUAACUUCUCAAAAUCGAGCAGCGACGAGAAGAGGACGGAAAGUUUUCUCAAGGAGAUCGUGACAGCUUUAGCAGAAAUAGGCUUUAAACCUAUUGCAUUUCUCUGCGAUAACACCGAAGCCAACAUAGAGGUUGUUCAAAACUUGGGAAAAGAACCAAAUUUUCAUAGUAUUGAUAUCGAAGAUACGCAUAUGAUAUCCAUAUACAAUCCAGCUGCGCUGCUGACGGAUCUGAGGAACAAUUUGGUCGGACAUAACAUCAAAUUUAUGUUCAACUGCUCAAAGAAGUUGGCCAAAUGGUCGGAUGUGGAACGAGCUUACCACAGAGAUUGUAAAUCAAAUUUCAGGGUAAUGAAUAGGCUGAGCCUGAAGAAUAUUACACGAAAACCUAUUUCGAGGAAGAACGUCUCUUUGGCAGUACAGGUUUUCAGUAAAUCCGUCGCGGCUUGCAUAGAGAAAUUCGUUCGGGAUGACGCGUUGGAGAAAAAUGCUAUGGGCACUGCGUAUCUCUGUGGAUUUUUGGAUAAGCUCUUCGAUAGUUUAACUGGAAAUAAACUUGUAAAUCUUAGAUCAUCGCAGAACAGGAUAUGGCAUCAAGCGUUACUCGUUUUCAAGAGUAUGGAAUUCAAGAAUGCUUUGGGAGUAAAGAUUCCACAGCCAGCCGUCAUCAAGCACUGGAUCAGCACGAUAAAAGGCUUCCUGGCCAUCAGAGAACUCCUGCUGAUGGACAACAAUCACGGCACAUUUCCUUUGAGAGCUUUCAACAAUGGAGCCUUCAACGAGGUUUACAAGGAGAUGAAGUUGCUGAAGACCAAGAGAUUGACCUGCUUGCAGUACAGCACCAGCCACAAAUCGUUUAUAUUGGAUGAUUUGAGAAAAGGUAGUUUAGAAAAUACCAAAGAGUUGUUCACGGACGUCGUUAACACAGUGCAUCCCAAGUAUUUGCCUCCCCUCCUCCCUGAAGAUUUCGACCCUUUGAAACCAUUGGACUCUAUAACUCUCUGCAAUAUCUCCUCCUUCGUGCUCAAUCAGAUCGAUCCAAUCUUCAAGCAAUGCGAUAUUUGCGAAAGCAACACCUUCUCAAAAUCGGCUACAAACAGGGUGACUGUCAUUACCAAUUGUCAAGACUUCGAAGGUGAACUCGUGAGACUUCAGAACUGCGCUCUGGUACUACUCGAGACGCUCACGGAGAUCACGAACAUUUGCAAUUACAUAAUCCCUUACAUCCUGCACGUGAGGCGUGUGUCCGUCACGCUGCAAAAUUAUGUGCAGCACAAUUUCACGUUCCGUUUUACAAAAUGCGCGCACAGCGAUAAACUCGAAACCGUCAUUCUCGAGUUAUUCUUGAAAGAGGUCGUCUUGGACUACAUCAAAACACUGAACAACCUUUUGGGUGAUAACAAGUUGAUUCUUGUACAGCCUGACACGCUACAGACGAGAAUCUCAAAAUUCUGAAACGUUUCAAUUAUAAUUAAGUAACGCAAACCGUUAAAAAAAAAGACGAAAUCUUAAUAUCUAAUAUUAAUGUUGAUGUUAUUUCGUGUUGUGUAUAAUAUGUAAAUGGUAUUUGAUGGAAAAGAAAAUAAUUGAAAAAACAGGAAAGCUUUAAUUCGUUACUAAUUGUUUGACUCGUUAAUAAUAUUU